AUGUUUAAAGAAGUGAAAAUAUUAUGUAUGGUCAUGACACAUCCAGCUAACCAUAGAACUAAAGCAAUUCAUGUGAAAAAUACUUGGGGAAAAUAUUGUAACAAACUUAUUUUCAUGAGCACCAUUCGCGAUGUUGAUCUGGAAUCAGUUGCAUUGCCUGUUAGAGAUGGCAGAGAAUUUUUGUGGAACAAAACUAAAAACGCUUUCAAAUACGUUUUUGAUAAUCAUUACAAUGAUGCUGAUUGGUUUAUUAAAGCCGAUGAUGACACUUACAUGAUUCCUGAAAAUAUUCGAUUUAUGUUGUAUCAAUAUCGAGCCACAACCUCACUUUACUUUGGUCAUCGAUUUUGUCAUUGGAAGAAUCCUUCUGGGUACAUACAAGGUGGUGCAUACAUUCUUUCAAAGAAAGCUUUGGAAAAGUUUGUAACAAAGUUAAUGAACAAUGAAAGUUAUUGUAAAUUAGGUCCAGAAGGUGACGAAGAUGUUGAAAUUGGAAAAUGUUUCCGUCACACUGCAAUUUCUGUUGACGAACGAGAUGAGAAACAUCAAAAGCGUUUCUUUCAUGUUGGAAUUGCAGAUCAUGUUAAGAAGGAGAAAGAUUUGGGCUAUUGGUAUGAUGUGUCACAAUAUUUUGAAGUGGCUCAAGGAAGUCUCGAUUGUUGUUCCGAUUUGCCUGUUUCAUAUCAUUAUGCAACACCUCAAGAACUUUAUUUUCUGGACUAUUUAAUUAGACAUGUUCAUCCUUUUGGUUUGGAGAAAUCUCAAACACAAAAGUUACCCAGAAAGUAUAGCUUAGAUGAGAUAAUAAAAGCAUCCGACGCUGAUAGUUCAGCUGCAAAUUUCGAGAGCUAUUCUAUCAAUCAUGAACUUGAAGACUCAGAAAAAUAUUAA